AUGGGAACUAUAUACCCGGAUCCAAUGGCCAGUAUCCUCCUGGAGGACUAUUCCAAGGUCCCUCGCCCCUCCUGCCCCUGCCCUCCAAGCCGCCACGGGAUCGCGAAGACGAUCCAGAAGAAGGUCCCCAUCACGAAGUGGCUCCCCCGAUACAACCUAACCUGCCUGGUGUCCGACCUCAUCGCCGGCUUGACCGUCGGGCUCACCAUCCUCCCGCAGGGCCUCGCCUACGCGGCCAUCGCGAACCUCCCCGUCCAGUACGGCCUGUACUCCGCGUUCAUGGGAUGCUUCGUUUACCUCUUCGUGGGGAGCGUGAAGGAUGUCACGGUCGGGCCCACAGCGGUCGUGAACGUCGUGCUCGGCCAGUUCGUCAACGUUGAGACGUUCGGGGACGACUUCGUCAAGUACGCCGUCCUCCUCUGCUUCCUCACGGGAGUCGUCGAAGUCCUGCUCGGAAUCACCAGACUAGGGUUCAUGAUGAACUUCAUCUCGACGCCAGUGAUGUCGGGCUUCACCUCAGCGGCAGCGAUCGUCACCUGCGUGAACCAGGUCACCGAACUGUUCGGCCUCUCCUCCGUGGUCCACGCUCACAAUUUCGUGCAUAUCAUCCGGGAUGUCGCCUACCACUUCAGCGAAACCCACAUGUGGGACUUCCUCAUUGCCUUCGUCUCCAUUUGCCUCCUCCUCUUUCUCCGGAAAGCACGGAUGUGGGACUUGUCCAAGGUGAUCGGGAACGAGUCAGUCCUCUCGGUGGUGAGCAAGGCGGUCUGGUUCAUCAGCACGGCGCGGAACGCCAUCGUCAUGCUGCUGGGGGCUGUGGUCGCUUACUCCGUCAAGGGGAACGGACCCACCAUGCCCCUUUCACUGACCGGACUACAUGACUCGUUCUUAUCGAACGGGGGAAUAGGGAAUGUGGUUCCUGGCAUCCCGCCCUUCGCCGUCCCACCGUUCGUGGCAGAGAAGGACUUCCUGGGGAAGAUCUGGCAGCUGCUACCAGCGAUUUUCAUCAUCCCGCUUGUUGGGAUCCUCGAGAGCAUUGCAGUCUCCAAAGCAUUCGCUCGAGGGAAGGCGAUCGACUUCAACCAGGAGAUUUUCGCCCUUGGUCUCUGCAAUUUGGCUGGGUCAUUCUUCUCCUCCGUUCCCACAAGUGGAUCGUUAUGCAGAACCGUCGUGAAUGCAGCGUCUGGCGUGAAGACUCCGGCCGGAGGAAUUGUUACUGGGUCCUUGGUGCUGCUGGCUUUGGCGGUGCUCACGCCUUACUUCUACUACAUCCCCAAGGCCUGCCUGGCGGCCGUGAUCAUCUGCACGGUCAUCUUCAUGUUUGAGUACAAGGAAUUCCUGAAGAUCUGGAAAGUCAAUCGGUGGGAACUAGUUCCAUGGCUGGCCACAUUCCUUCCCAGCAUCCUUUUGGGACUGCACUACGGCAUCAUGGUUGGAGUGGGAUUGGAUCUCGUUCGGCUCCUCUUCGACGUCGCCCGGCCGAAUGUGGUUUUGGAGAAGAGACAGAUGGAAGGUCAUAAAUACCUAGUGGUGAAGCCGGAGGGUUCCGCCAUGUUUCCUGCUGUGGAACAUGUUCGAAGGGUCCUCAUCAAGAGGUCCGGGAAGAAUCCUGACCUCCCGGUCAUCAUUGACUGCGAGAAGCUCACGUCCAUCGACUUCACCUCCGCCAAGAUGCUUGAUGUGACCUUCUCCGACCUGGCGGAGCGAGGUCAGGAGCUGGUGUUCAUCCAUGGGGAUGACCGGGUGAGGAUGAUUCUUCAAAAGAAGCUCGGAUCCCACUUCCACUUCUACGAGAGCUACAGCGAUUGGAUCACAGCCACCUUCACACCGAACUGUAAGCCUCGACUGUUCCUUGCCAUUUCGGACAGUGACCAACCGGAAAAGGAAGAUGCCGAGAUCGGCCUCGAGGGUCAUCUCCGUGCAUGGCGAGACCGUCGAGGAGCCCAUAGACAGCGACGAAGAUUUCAAAUGGGAUUCGCCCUGAUUGCCUUCGAAAGCGAAAUUCAGCGACUUCUCUUCCUCUCCCCGUCUGAUGAAUUUAGCAUGAAAUAAAGAAACCAGUAACCAUGAACGAAUGCAUCCAGAGAAUUUCCAAGCAGUGAAUUCGACUCGUUUUUCUCAAGUGAAUCCCCGACCUACCUGAUGCAGGUCUUGCUGAG